AUGUACAACGACCCAGCUCAAACCACGACAGAUAAGCAACGCCGCAUUGAAGCCAUGUUUAGCAAAAUGGAGUCGCAAGCAAGCACCCUAUUUCGCCGCAUUGUCAAAAAUCAUGAAGCUGGGGAUACAACUGUGACUCUGAGCAGAACGGAGCUCGACUUCAUUCGCAAGUUUCUAUUUCUGUUAAAGUACCGCGGUUCUACCUUUCAUCAGACGUUUUACCGUGACGCGCUUGAUGACUAUCCAUUCAAUGAUCGCGAACUACUCUUCGACUACAUGAGGGAGCACAACUUCUCCUCGCCGAGAGAUGUUUGGUACCAUAAUCUAGAAACGAUCAUCAACUUGGAAAUGGACCCCCAACGCAAGUGGUUAAACACACUCCCGCAGAAAAUGUUUCCCAACGAUGCUCUUUGGUGUACAGCACAUGUUGGAAACAAUUACAUGGCAAUAUGUACCCCUUCUGAGGCGGCGGAUGAGUUUAUCCUCACCGAGAACUGCUAUAAUGUGUUUGAGGGCCUUAGUAAUUUCGUUGUGGACAAAGCUACCGGUCAGGUAGCCGGCGGCAACCAAGCUGCGUUUCACGAAUUUGCACCCAUCUCACCCCGUUUGAUGAUCAUUUUACGGUCCCUUGCGCUGCCAAAUUCGGCGGACCCUCACUCGAUGAUUAUCCAGGGGCGUCAAGAUAUGUUCUGGUCUACAUUUGGGCAAGUGUAUGGACCGGACGCGACAUCUAUGUUGGAUGAUCUGCCAAUAAAGCAAUGCAGGAAUAGUUAUUCCGAAAUCAUCAACGGAAAGGCCCGUCCUGUUGCGGGAUUUGAUGGAAAAUAUCGGCCAGGCGAUAAAUUCCACUUCACCUAUUAUCCUAUCAGAACCGACCAUGUUCGCAUCAUUAACAGCAUAUUUCUGGACAAUGCUUAUAAGUCCAGCGUUAUCGCCUACCGAAACCAAGACAACCUCAAAGGAAUACUGGAGUCUUAUGUUAGUGGACCUUGCGACAUACACAAGGUCCUGAAAGAUGACUGGGAUAAUCGAUAUUCAUUUCUCCGAGAACUAGAGACUCUUUCCAAGCUCCUAGGCUCUCAAAAGUCACUCGUAUGGAGGACGGUGGAAGCAUACGAAACGCCUACUACACAGAACUUCACGAACAAAGACAUAGAAUUUCGAAGAUUGAUGCAGCAGAGAAUUAUGAAAGGCGGUACUCAUCAUGACCAAAUGACGACCUUCCUUGAAUUAUACAAAAAGCUUGGGAGAAACUCAAUGCUUGAUCGGGACAUUGCCCAAGCGGGGAAAAUGGUUUAUUUCCAAUGGGUGGUGAAAGAAUUGAGUAUUCGCUGCGAUGAGACAGUCCAAAUGCGAAACAGGACAGUCAUCUCCAAAAUAUUCAAGGCUUUUUAUUGCUCGCGAUAUUGGCUUUAUCUGAAGUUGUUCAGGAAAUCACAAUGCGGAGAUCAAGACGGAACGCAAGACGAAGUUGAACUUCUCGUUAAUAAAGAUAUUAGAGAGGGCCCAGAAGAUAUAUUUGUCCAGACCUCUCAACUCUACGAUGAGAAUACCUUAAAUAACUUGAUGUACACAACAGUGCUUAACGACAUAGAAAUACGGAAAUCCAAGAUAGCGAACCUAUGGGCGAAGGCUGUUGACACCAAAAGUAUCUUCUUCUAUGUGCUACUACGUUCUAUUAUUUUCACCCGUCCAGGAAAUAUUCGAGACUGUGGCAUUCCCGAUGUUGAGCGGCUGGCUAAGCAAGCGGAGCAGAGUUUCCGCGAAAAAGGUACACAGAGCAGAUCAAUACAUCUUCCCUUUGCCAAUGGGGAUGAAAUCUUGGAGCUGAUGGUGCGAGUCCAUGUGAGAUCAAAAUUUAACGCAGCCAUGGCAGGGAAGGCCAAAGACGGUGUACUGGGAGAACUGAAGGACAUCCUUUUUAGAUUGACUUUUCCAACUCCGCCAUUGGACUAA